AAGAACGCCACACGUAUUUUUCUCUGCGUGAUCUGUGUCUAUACUUCAGCCUAGGUAGACGGUUAAUGGUGGGCGGUGGACACUUGUGAGUCGGGAAUGGACAAGGCGCGGACACGCGUUGCUAUAGCAUGUCCCCGCUACUCACUCAGCUUCAGCGCUCAUCGCCGACCUGCCUUUCCUCUGCCACGUGCAUUUCUGUUGCUAUAUUUUCGCAUCAUCAGAUGAGUACGAACGCACGGAGUGUUGCUUCUCGUCUAAGCAGUUCGGGCUUCAUCAGGACUCAAGGUUUUAUUGGAGGAAAAUGGGUAGAUGCGUAUGAUGGGAAAACGAUUGAGGUUUACAAUCCUGCUACAGGUGAGGUUAUAACUAAUGUUGCGUGCAUGGGUGGAAGGGAGACAAAAGAUGCGAUUACUUCAGCACACAAUACCUUUUUAUCUUGGAGUAAGCUAACCGCCGCAGAAAGGAGCAGAUGCUUGAGAAAAUGGUUUGAUCUGAUAAUGGCCAACAAGGAAGAGCUUGGACAACUGAUGACCUUAGAGCAAGGAAAGCCUUUGGAUGAGGCUAUGGGUGAGGUUACCUAUGGUGCAAGUUAUAUAGAAUUCUAUGCAGAAGAAGCAAAACGAGUUUAUGGUGAUAUCAUUCCAGCAGCAUUACCAGAUCGGCGUUUAUUUGUAAUGAAGCAGCCUGUUGGUGUUGUUGGAGCAAUUACGCCAUGGAAUUUUCCUUUGGCUAUGAUUACACGCAAGGUUGCUCCUGCCCUUGCUUGUGGGUGCACUGUUGUCAUAAAGCCCUCUGAGCUGACACCCUUGACUGCACUGGCAGCAGCUGAAUUGUCCAUUCAGGCUGGGAUACCUCCGGGUGCAGUGAAUGUUGUGAUGGGAAGUGCAUCUGAUAUUGGAGAAGCCUUACUUGCAAGUCCUCAGGUAAGGAAGAUCACGUUUACAGGCUCAACUACUGUUGGAAAAAAAUUGAUGGCAGGUGCAGCAGAGACGGUGAAAAAGGUGUCACUUGAACUUGGUGGCAAUGCACCCUGCAUAAUUUUUGAUGAUGCAGAUCUUGAUGUUGCUCUGAAAGGAACUAUGGCAACUAAAUUUCGCAACAGUGGACAAACGUGUGUUUGUGCAAAUAGGAUACUGGUGCAGGAAGGAAUAUAUGACAAGUUUUCUAUUGCUUUCUCAAAAGCUGUUGAGAGUAUGAAAGUUGGCGAUGGCUUUGUUGAAGGUGUCGCUCAGGGUCCGAUCAUUAAUGAUUCUGCACUGCACAAGGUUGAAUCAUUUGUGCAAGAUGCCAUCUCAAAGGGUGCUAAAGUUCUCAUUGGAGGCAAGAGACAUAGUCUUGGGAUGACAUUUUAUGAGCCCACGGUUAUUGGUGAUGUCAAAAGUGAAAUGUUAUUGGCAAGGGAAGAAGUGUUUGGACCAGUUGCACCUCUUAUGAAAUUUAAAACAGAGGAAGAAGCUAUACACAUUGCUAAUGACACUAAUGCAGGUUUGGCUGCCUACAUGUUUACAACAAGUAUCAAGCGUUCAUGGCGCGUCUCUGAAGCUCUUGAGUAUGGAUUAGUCGGCAUAAAUGAAGGGCAAAUUUCGACUGAGGUCGCUCCAUUCGGAGGCAUGAAACAAUCCGGUCUUGGCCGUGAAGGAUCAAAAUAUGGGAUGGAUGAAUAUCUAGAAAUCAAAUACGUAUGCUUGGGAAAUAUGAGCUGAGCUAAGCCAAAUUUAAGUUUGGCGCUUUCAAUAUCUGGUUCAUGUUUUUCUGCUUUUUAGAGAGCCAAAAAUAAAAGGAGGCAGACAAACCAGAAAGAAGCCCUGCCCUGCCCUCCCCUCCCCUCCCCUCCCCUCAGUUCAAUUUGUGAUGGUCCUGCACGAAUCUGAUUCCUCUUCACUUGUUCUUCAAUUCGCCUCACCACCUCCCAUCUUGCCCUAACAUCCAUGGUAUGUAAAAAGGAAAUCUACCUUCACUACCUUGAUUCUAUAUAUAUAUAUAUAUUAUUUGUGAAAAAGAAAGUAUUUUAAAGGGGGGUAGUGGUAAAAAGGAUUGGGGGAGGGAUAAGGUCCCACCUACAAUUUACCUCAAAAGGGAAUAUAUUCAAUUUUUAGGAAUAAAUAAAUAUAUGCAUAUAUAUUCUAGGGAACGAAUAUUAAGAUGCUUGAAAUUUAAGCCAACGUGCAUGACCCCCCCUCCCUAUGUAUCUUUUAUUGCAUUAAUAUAUUUAUAUAUAUGUGGUUGGUUGUUAAACUAAGUGCAGUAGUAAAAAGCUAAAUCUCAACUUUAAAGAGUAAUUAUUAUUAUGUGUGCUUUUUAAUGGGACA